ACCUAGUGGCAUAGUGCAGACACGCCUGCAGACAUUCCCUGGGAAAGGGCAGCAGCAACCAGGUGUGAAUGAGGCAGGAUGAACUGGACAGGUUUGUACACCUUGCUCAGUGGCGUGAACCGGCAUUCUACUGCCAUUGGCCGAGUAUGGCUCUCAGUCAUCUUCAUCUUCAGAAUCAUGGUGCUGGUGGUGGCUGCAGAGAGUGUGUGGGGUGAUGAGAAGUCUUCCUUCAUCUGCAACACUCUCCAACCUGGCUGCAACAGCGUCUGCUAUGACCACUUUUUCCCCAUUUCCCAUGUGCGUCUGUGGUCUCUGCAGCUCAUCUUGGUUUCCACUCCAGCUCUCCUCGUGGCCAUGCACGUGGCUCACCAGCAGCACAUAGAAAAGAAAAUGCUUCGACUUGAGGGUCAUGGGGACCCCAUACACCUGGAGGAGGUGAAGAGGCACAAGGUCCACAUCUCAGGGACACUGUGGUGGACCUAUGUCAUCAGUGUGGUCUUCCGGCUGCUAUUCGAGGCUGCCUUCAUGUAUGUCUUUUAUCUGCUCUACCCUGGCUACGCCAUGGUGCGACUUGUCAAGUGUGAUGCCUACCCCUGCCCCAAUACAGUGGACUGCUUCGUUUCCCGGCCCACCGAGAAAACCGUCUUCACCGUCUUUAUGCUGGCCGCCUCCGGCAUCUGUAUCAUCCUCAACGUGGCCGAGGUGGUGUACCUCAUCAUCCGGGCCUGUGCCCGCCGAGCCCAGCGCCGCUCCAAUCCACCCUCUCGCAAGGGCUCGGGCUUUGGCCACCGCCUCUCACCUGAAUACAAACAGAAUGAGAUCAACAAGCUGCUGAGUGAGCAGGACGGCUCCCUGAAAGACAUACUGCGCCGCAGCCCCGGCACUGGGGCCGGGCUGGCUGAGAAGAGUGACCGCUGCUCGGCCUGCUGAUGCCACAUACCAGGCAACCUCCCAUCCUGCCCCCUACCCUUCCCUGGGCCUGCCCCUCCUUCUCCCCUGCCGGUGCACAGGCCUCUGCCUGCUAGGGAUUGCUCCAUCAAAGCCUUCCUUCCCUCCCUACUUCCCUUCCUCCCAGGGCUGUCUGUCUGAGGGGCUGAAGGAGUGGGGAGCUGGAGGCCACCCACACCAGUGCUCUAGGUUAUUGGGGGUGUGGGCAGUUCUUGUUUCUGUACCCCUUCCUCUUCCCUCUCCCUCUCCCUUUCCCUGGGACCACUAGGGACAAGAGAUAGGAUGCUCUGACAGCAUCUCCAAUUAUGAAACUAAUCUUAACCCUGUGCUGUCAGAUACCCUAUUUCUGGAGUCACAUCAGUGGGGAGGGAUGUGGGCAA